AUGCCAAGUACUAUCCAGUCUUCCAAAACCCCUCUGGCUUCCGCCGAUCAUCCAGUGAAAGCAAAUUUCGGUCAGUUCCUAGGCCGGAGCAGUGUCAAUAGGACCCUUACAAUUGACGAUCUGGAAAAAGCAGAGUUUAUGAGAGCAAUCUUAGGAGUUCGUGAAACAAUGUCAAUCAAGUAUAAGACGGAACCGGGUGCUCAACUAAUCACUCUCGCAUUCACCUGUCCGGAGAAGACGACUCAUCAUCAAUUCUGGGAGAUUCCGGAGAAGAAUUGGAAGAAGUCAAGAGGAGGGGUUCAGAGAGCACAACGCUAUUCAAAACCGAAUAGAUCCAGAUAUGUCUCGCCGCAAGAUCUCACCGGGUACUGUGCCCUACCACGAUCUGCUGAAUAUGUCUCAAAGCCAGUUGUCUACCAGUACUCUGCUCCACCACCACCGAUUGUCUUCAAUUCUAUCAACACUGACAAACAGAAACUCCCCACCCGAACUAGAUGUCCACUAGCCAUCGUUCCACCACCAGUGACCGACACGUCAUCGACCUUCCUGACACCACCGACAUCUGGACCGUCUUCCCCAACUCCAGUACCGCCUUCUCCAUCUGAUACCAAAGAGCAGCCACAAUUCGUGUUCAACAUGGGAGUUGUCAAUGCUCCGAUGCCAGGAUCUCGUGUGAUUGUAAAGAAGAUUUCGGAUUCAGAUGAGGGAUUCAUCGUAUGCGAGGACAAGGACUUCCAGCCGAAGAAGACUAAGAUUUUCACGUCAGAGGAACUCCAGAAGCAAUCGAUUCUUGUGGAGGAGUGGAAGAAGAAGAUUCAGGAGGCGCUAUAA